AUGGAGUUUGGCUUGAGUAAAUGUGCCAAAGCCACCUUUAAACGUGGUAAAUUAAGAAAUACCAAAAAUAUAGUACUUGAUGAUGACUCCAUCAUCAAGGAACUAGAUCAAGAGGGUACCUACAAAUACCUUGGAGUUAAUGAAGCAAUACCGGUAGUGACGUAUAGUUUUAAUAUCAUAAACUGGAACUUAAGUGAGCUCCAAAGGUUAGAUAGUGAGAUCAGAAAGCAAUUCACUUGUAACAGGAUGCUUCACCCAAAAUCUGAUGUAGAUCGGUUAUACCUUCCGCGUAGUAAAGGAGGACAGUUCGCAGCUCGAGCCAAUAACGUUGAUGUAGACACACAAGCAAGACAUCAGUGGUUCCCCAACAUCUUACACAACGGUGCUGAUCCAAAGUGCAGAUUUUGCGAAGACAAAGUGGAAACGAUUGACCACAUAGUUUCUGGCUGCUCCAUUUUAAUACCAGGAGAGUGUAAAAGCAGACACGACAGGGUUGGUCAGUAUCUCCACUGGAACAUUUGUAACCACUUUUCCAUUAAAACUCACAGUAACUGGUACGAACACCACCCAGAACCUGUUACAGAGGGAGAGACUGUUACUAUUCUCUGGGAUUUUUCGAUCCACACAGACCGUACGAUCCAAGCAAAUCGUCCUGAUAUUGUUAUUAAGGACAAGAAGAACAACCUAUGCUUUCUCAUUGAUAUGAUCGUGCCCUCUGAUAGAAAUGUCUCCGCAAAAACCUUUGAAAAGCUUGCCAAGUACAAAGAUCUUGAAAUUGAAAUUGAAAAGAUGUGGCACUUUAAAAGUCGAACGAUCCCUGAAGUAAUUGGUGCUUUAGGCCUAAUAAAGAAAGGAGCUAAAGAAUAUCUCGAAAUGAUCCCAGGAAAUCCCUCAUUACAAGAAAUACAAAAAAUUGUCCUUAAUAGCAAUACACAUGUAUCAAGACGAGCUCUCACCAUAUAA